GGAAAAAAAACUCAACCAUCAUCAACUCGCUGGCGGAGCGGGGUCACGAACUAUGACCUUUAACAGAAGAAAACCAAAACAAAUAUUUUAUAAAAUAGCAGAGCGCCCUAAAUCUGUGACCGCCAGUUCCCGGAGAUCUCACUAAUGACUUUACAUCAUCAUGACGACCAACCUGAAUCUGCUUUCCCAGCAGAAAGUGGACUCUGAGCACGAAGCAGAGGUGUCGUCCUCUCCGUCAGACUCAGUGAUGAGUGAGUCACCACAGCGCUUUCAGGUCAUCUCGACUGAGCCCACUACAACACCACAGCGAAUUCAGAUUGUAACCGACCAGCAGACGGGUCAGAAGAUCCAGAUAGUGACAGCGAUGAACCCGUCCAGUGCCCCUAAGCAGCAGUUCAUUCUGACUACAGCUGACAGCUCAGGGGCAGGAAAGGUCAUUCUGGCCUCACCAGACAGUCACAAUGCCAAACAGCUCAUCUUCACUGCUGCAGACAGCCUGAUGCCAGGAAGAAUACAGAUUGUUACAGAUCCAGUGUCAAUGGAACGGUUGUUAGGACAGUCAGGAGAUUUGAGCCGACCACAGCCGGUGGAGUACUGUGUGGUGUGCGGGGACAAGGCUUCAGGACGUCACUAUGGAGCCGUCAGUUGUGAGGGAUGUAAGGGUUUCUUUAAGCGGAGUGUGAGGAAGAAUCUGACCUACAGCUGCCGCAGCAAGCAGGACUGCGUCAUCAACAAACACCACCGCAAUCGCUGCCAAUUCUGUCGGUUGAGAAAAUGCCUUAAGAUGGGGAUGAAGACUGAAUCUGUCCAGAGUGAGAGAAAACCCAUCGACAUAGUUCCCAGAGAGAGGCACGCCAACUGUGCUGCCUCCACCCAAAAGAUCUAUAUUCGUAAGGACCUAAACAGUCCGCUCAUUGCCACACCAACUUUUAUCUCCGAUACAGAGGCAGAUGGCUCCAGAUCCAGCUUGCUGGAUCAGGGGAUGCUGGUUAACAUCCAACAGCCAUUGAUCCAGAGUGAUGGAACUUUAGUGCUGGCAGCUGAUUCAAAGAUGGAUUGUGGGCAGGGAGACUUGGGGACGCUAGCCAACGUUGUGACAUCACUGGCCAGCCUGAGUGACUCGCUAAAAGAAAACCUAAACAAUGGUGAUACCUCAGACGGCCAACAUGAAGAGCAGUCCGCCAGCGAGAUAACACGUGCCUUUGACACUCUUGCCAAAGUCUUCAACCCACCUGAAGUUGGAGUCGAAGAGAAUCUGGCUGAUAAGUCACAGUGUGUCAGUGGAACAACGAUCCAGCUGAUUGGUCGAGACCAGGAGACCCCCAUCAUAGAGGUGGAAGGACCACUCCUCACAGACAGCCAUGUCAGCUUUAAGCUGACCAUGCCCAGCCCCAUGCCUGAGUAUCUGAAUGUACACUAUAUCUGUGAAUCAGCAUCCAGACUUCUCUUCCUCUCCAUGCACUGGGCACGCUCAAUCCCAGCCUUCUCAGCUCUUGGUCAGGAGGCAAACACCAGUUUGGUGCGAGCCUGCUGGAACGAGUUGUUCACUCUGGGUCUUGCUCAGUGCGCUCAUGUGAUGAACCUGUCGACCAUCCUUGCAGCCAUCAUCAACCACCUUCAAAGCAGCAUCCAGGAUGACAAGCUGUCAGGGGAAAGGGUGAAGCAGGUGAUGGAGCAUAUCUGGAAAUUUCAGGAGUUCUGUAACAGCAUGACAAGGCUAGAGACAGACAGCUAUGAAUACGCCUACCUGAAGGCUAUAGUGUUGUUCAGCCCAGAUCACCCAGGUGUGGACAGUAGUGGACAGAUUGAGAAGUUACAGGAGAAAGCUCUGAUGGAACUACAGGACUAUGUGCAGAAAACCUAUCCAGAGGACACCUACAGGCUGACACGUAUCCUGACUCGUCUGCCCGCGCUGCGCCUCAUGAACUCAAGCAUCACAGAGGAGCUCUUCUUCACUGGCUUAAUAGGAAAUGUUUCUAUUGACAGCAUCAUUCCUUACAUCCUCAAGAUGGAGACGGCUGAAUAUAACAGCCAGGACUCUGACGCUACAGAAUGACACGCCAUCACUCCAGGCACCCACAACUCUCAGUGUAAAGGAUUAGCGAGUCUCCUUUUCAGGUACACUUUCUCUUUUAAGGAUUGUAUGUUUGAACUGCAGUACAAAAUCCUGCAGCUGCCCCUUGUUUUCAGUGAUGCAUGGUGCAAACUCAUUCAGGUAGAUUAAGAUGACAUGGCAUCAAAAAGCCUGGAUGACUGGAGAUGUUUCCUGAAGCAGAUGCAGUUAGCCCUUUUGAACUAAAUAAAAAAUAAAAUACAAUCUUCUGCACAGCCACAGCUAUGCUCAUCUCCUUUUAAUGUUGUCAUAGCACUUAUAGCCAACUUACAUUGCAGUUUGACCUAACCCUUUCAGAUUGCUUUAGAGUUGUCUAAGUUUGCAUAAUUUAACAUUAGCAAAUAAUAUCCGAUGAGCGUCACAAACUCCAGAAUCUAAAGGUUACAUAAACAGAAAUCUUGCAUAUGGAAAAGAUCUUAAAAAGAUCUUUAGGCUAGAGCAGGGAUCCUCAAAUCCAGGCCUCGAGGUCCGGUGUCCUGCAGGUUUUAGACGUGUCCCUGAUCCAACACACCUGAGUCAAAUAUAGAAGUCAUUAGCAGGAC